AUGAAAUUAAGUAGAUCGUUUCACCUUUUUAUUCGUGGCAAUAGACAUAGCCCGAAUUUUGAACUGAGCAACAAAUCUCCAUCGCAGCUAUCACAUCUUAUCGGCAGAAUCUCGAAGGCGGGACGAGGGGAUAUUAAGUUUUGGUCUGAUAUUAACUCCAAGAUUCUGUCUAUUUAUAGGGAUUUGGGUCCUAGAAAUAUUGCUUUUAUUUCAAACGGUCUAUCCCGCUCUAAUGUCAGGGAUGAUAGGGUAUGGAAAAUGCUUGCGGAGCAAGCAAUAGCAAUAUCUCACUCUUUUGACGGCCAAGACAUAGCAUUGUUUCUAAAUGCAGCCUCUAAGAUGCACAAAAGUCAAAAAUUAUUUGAACAAUUUUCACAAGUUAUUUUGGAGAAUGAAAUAUCAUUUAAGGCAAAACACAUAGCGUUGAUAAUAAACGCGUAUUCUCGUGUUGGUUAUAGAGAUCUGGAUGUAUUAAACAAAUUGUUUAGCGAAUGUGAAAAGUGCAAACUUGAUUUGGAUUUUCAGGAAUUUGGCAAUAUACUCAAUGGAUGUUACAAGCUAAAGUAUUUACAUAAGUCUUUUAUACAACUAAUGCGCGAUGAAUUGAACUAUAGGUUAAGAAAUUUGAACAAAACAUGCACUGGCCUAUCUGGACAGAAUAUAUCUAACAUUUUACAGGCUUUGGCUCACUCUGAAGUUGAGUGCAAUUACAUAUUCACAAGAUUUGGAACGACACUAAUCAAUAACCAUAGUCAAAUCAACACAGUAGAGGUUACAGCCAUUGCUAAUGCCUUGGGAAAGGUUAAGUACAAUGGGCAGGAAUUUCUUAAAUAUAUAACUUUCCAGGUCUAUUCUAAUUUCAACCGUUAUAGCACUGAUCAACUCUCAAUAAUACUUUACAGUCUAUGCCGGUUAGACAAGAUGCCUGUGGAUUUUUAUAUAACGGUUGUUAAGCGUAUAGUUAAUGGACUGAGUAAAACGAACGAUAAAACUAUAUCAAUGUUAUUCACUGCACUCACUGUCAAAGUGUCAAAUCACUGUGACAGAUUGACGAUAUUGGACGAUUUAUAUCCGCACAUACGCAAAAGAAUACGAAUGAUGAUAAAUGACACAAAUCCACCAACACAGGAAAUAAUAGCAUCUGUAGUCUGUUCAUUUGCCAGAGUGGGUUUGGAAGAUCCUAUGAUAUAUAAGCUAAUUGAUACAAUUGACACAGAAUUGAAAAAUUCGAGUUUGGCAGCUAUUAUACACGGAUUGGGCAAAUUACACUCAAUAGAAUCUCUGAAUUAUAUUAAUAAGUAUUUACGCAAUGUAAUAGCUGAUGCUGUCAAUCUAUUACCAUUGCACGUAAGCAACAUACUGAAUUCAUUAGCUACAAAUGUUGAUCAUUUUGUGAAACUCGACAAAUCUGAUGGGUUUCAAACAUUUAUCGAUGCAAUUGCCGCAUUGUCUCUCAACAUAUUAUCCAAGUAUACACUGUACUCUCACCAGUUGCUGUCAAGUGCUAUAACCAGUUAUACUUUGAUAUGUGAAUGUAUUUGCGAUAAUGUAAGGAAUUUUGAUAAAAUAUCUCAAAAAUUACAUAUGGAUACCGUUAAAGAUGUGGUAAUUGAAUGCAGUAGAAAAUUAUCUAUUGGCAAUGCCAGCGUUUGCGACUAUGAAGGAAUAAUUACCUUUGCCACUUCCCCAGUAUCACACCUAUCUGUUGGCGAAUAUACAAAUGUAAUUAAUGGGGUUAUUGGUGAAUUGGAAUGCGUCAACGUUAAGGCAUUGAGUAGGUUAAUUGAGGCCAAUACUACUUUCAAAAACCAAUGUAUACAAAUGGCAAUUAAUGGCAGCAUUGACGAGUUAAAUUACAAAAAUUACAUUGAGCAUCUAGACGAUUUGGAUGUGAUACUGGAUAAAUUUGUUGAGUUGGUGAACAACGAAGCUUGGCUAAGUGUAGUUAAAAAUGAUAAAAAAUAUUUUGCCGAAGAUAAAAUAUCACUGGCAUCACGUAUAAUCAACGAAUUUAAUCAAUCAUCACCUAAUGACUUGAGUUAUACUGAUUUAAUGGAUAAUUUAUACAGUUCAACUGAUGCCUUGAGCAAGUUCAAUGUCUGUGGAGUAAUCAAGUCAAUUGCCAAUGCAAUUGAUUACCUAAAUACAACAAAUAAAACUAACUUUACGCCAUUUUUAUAUAAUCUAAUACACAAGUUGAUUCCUGUUGUGUUGCAAACAUCGGAAACAAAUGAAAUCGCUAGCACUGCAUGUUACCUAUGUGAAAAGAAGAUUUGUAUGCCACUGAUAAUAGAUCACGCGCUUUCACAUUGUGAAAUGGGUUAUUUGAAGAUAAAGCUCGUUGGAAGUCUCAAAAAUGUACCAUAUAAACUUAAUAACAGUGCUCUUGUCACUGAAUUUGGCAAUCAUAUAAAUGAAAUGUUGGUUACACCAUUCCCUCCACAGUUAGAAGACAUACUUAAUUGCUUUAAGACCCUGCAACAAUACGAUUUAUUAGAAGAUCAAAUAUUAAAUUUGCUAAUAGACACUAUACUUUCAUGGAGGCCCACUGAUUCGAAUGCCGCGGCCCCCUUUAUGAUGAUACAACAAUUGCUGCAAUUGACAAGAAUUUUGUUAACACAAGUUAAAAAUUACAAAUCUGGAGUGGAUGAUAUGGUAUCAUUGGAGUACCAGAAGAAUAUGGGCAUAAAACUAAUUGAGUGGACAAUCGAACUAUUGCAUGAUCACUCAGGGGCCAUAAUACUGUCGGUUGAUGGCUAUGAUCAUCUAGUAGCAAUAAUCAAACAGUCUAAUGACCUUAAUUAUGAGGGAGGGGGGCACAUAUCGGGGUUACUACUCAAUCUUAUAGCCAAAUUACAUAUGCCGAUAGAGGUGUUAUACAACCUUGCGGACAUAGGAUAUUUUGACAGGAUAAUACAAUCAGUAGAUGCAACAGUAAGUACAUUCUCUGUGGUUGAGUCUCAGGGUAUCGAAAUAAACGGAUUGCGGAAGCAUGGCCAGUGGAAUUCGUUGUGUAAAUUGGCAUAUAUCGCAUCACAUUACUUGAGUUCUAGUAAUGAUUGUAUACGAGACAAGGCUGAAGCACUGAUAAUAACGGUGUUGGAUAUGCUAGCAAGAGCCGACACUGAUGGCGUUGGCAGCGAUAUAAUAGUCAAAUUGUGUGGCAUAUUGUAUAGUGGGUAUGGUGAAGUGAUUGGAAGGCUUACUGAGAGAGGCAGAUUAUAUUUGAAUAACCCAAAGAAGCAAUUCAUUAGAUAUUAA